AAGCGAGUACUCGGGAUUAUUCAACGAUGAGUUUGUUACGGACUCUGGCGAUUUCGUUGCUGAUCAUUGGGAUCGUCGAAAGCGCAACGAUGAUCUCGGGCUCGAGAAGCUCAGCCGUAGGAGGGCCUAACGUUGGACGGCCCCAGAAGGUCCCCCCGAAAACGCGCGUCGGGCCAAUCAUCGUCGGGCAAAGGGCGGACGUCCCUCAGUCGUCCCUCAGAGAACAGAAUCACCCGAGGCGAGGAAACCUCAUUUCGACGAAAAAGGGACCCAGAAGCCAUAUCCCGAUUCGUCCGAGACCACGAAGUAACAACGGCGUCGGAGUGUACAACGGAAAAUCGAGCGGAACUCGGCAUCGUGGUCGGGACGAGUGAGGCUGCGGAUCCGAAACCCCGAUUAUUUAAUCCUCCUUCGUUUAUUCUUUUCUCUUCGCCCCUCGAUUCGGAUAGAGCUACAAAUAAUCCAAAUAAAAAUAGUUGUGUUCGUCAGCGAUCCUCGUAAAUCGAGGGAUCGAGAGAUGACUCGGCCCUUGAACGAUCGGCUUGUGUUUACGAGGCUCGAUUCGCUUUACGACGAUCUUACGCUCACAUUGUGCACACAUCUCUGAUAAGGAGCGUAAUAAAAGCAGCUUCGGUGGGGACGACUCUGAAGUUUUUAAAAUCGCAGCUUACCAAGCCACAAAUAAAUGUCGAUCCU